AUCAAACACCUUGCAGUCGGUUCAGAGCCAUUGAGAAAAAGGGGGUCUCUCUCGGAUAUGGUGGAGUAGGCUACAUCGGGGCGGCUUGGAAACCACCUGGUUUGGAAUAACCCGAUGGAAAUUGGAGGACGGGGGCCUUGCGAAGUCCGUCUCGAGGAGGUUUUCAUGGAGCGUUGAGGUUAUUAUUAUGUGGUGGCUUGCCUUAAUGAUGUUUACAUCUCCGGCUUUCCCAUUCAUCGUGUUUGUGUGCAUGGGGUUAUCCGAGGCGGUUCAUUCCUACGAUGCGCUGCCUUUAGUAAUAAGGAAAUCUCGUUCAGUCGCCGAAGAGCAUCCGAACACGAGCGCGAGCGGGGUUCCGGGGCACCGGCUCGGUAUUGUCGCAUUAACACCAGCGCCCACGAUCGCGUCCGCCAGAAAACCGAUAAAUGUCGCCGCACCAGCAGCCACCAUUAAACCACCACCGACAACGGAGCCCACCACCCCAUCUCUGUCUAAUCCGAGCUACAUGGCCGCGUUUGCUCGGAGGAAGCUCAGCUCCAUUGAAACACGGAUGAAAGAAUCGCAGAUGUCUGAUAAUAAAGCGGACAGAUCGGGCGUCGUGCCCGACUUCAGCACAACCUCGGACAAAUCCCAAGAGCUGGUGUGUAACUGCAGCGGCGAGGGAGUGUCGGACCCUGACGAGUGUGACCGUGAGACGGGGCAGUGCGACUGCAUGCCGGGGUACACCGGGCUGCAGUGUGAAGAGUGUGAGGAAGAUCACUUCACCAACGGCACCAUCGGCUGCCUGCCCUGCGCGUGUGACUCCUUCGGUGCCGACGGCUCCAGCUGUGACAGCUCAGGGCUGUGUAAGUGUAAGACAGGUGUAUACGGGCCCAAGUGUGACGACUGCCACCCUGGAUUCUUCCACUUCAGCAGCACAGGAUGCCAACCGUGCCAAUGCAACAACCACUCGACCUACUGCCACCCUCAGUCAGGUAUUUGUUUGGACUGUCAGGACAACGCUCAGGGCCACAACUGUGAGGAGUGUCUGCCCAACUUCUACCGGCGUCACGGUGAGGGGUCCGCGGACGCCUGUCUGCCUUGCCCCUGCUCCUCCGAGACCUCCAGCGGCAGCUGCCACCUCGAUUCCAGUGGACGACCUGUGUGUGACCAAUGCAAGUCUGGCUUCUCCGGUCCGGCGUGCAACGCGUGCCCGGACGGUUUAUUUAAAUCAGCCGGAGCUUGUGUGCCCUGCGACUGUAACGGGAACGCAGACCCUCGCUCCGUGCCUCAGAUCUGCCACCCUGAGACUGGCCACUGCCACCGCUGCAUCAACCACACAGCGGGAGCACACUGUGAGACCUGCGCUCGGGGACACGCCGGGGACGCCCGCUACCACAACUGCACCCUGAGAGCUGUGAGAAUCUUCCCGACUCAAGACGUCAAGACCUCCACUACAGAAAUCCCCAAAUCCACAAGUUCUACUGCUUCCACUCCUGCUUCCCGCCUCCUAACUUCCUCUUCCUCCCCUACCACCCACCCAAGCUUACCGACCCUUCAGUCCGGCACGGGAGACUCCUCAGGACACAACAGCACGGCCUCCGCCCUGACAGUAGUGUCCUGGACGCAGUUUAACAUCAUCAUCCUGGCCGUCAUCAUCGUGGUCGUCGUUCUCCUCAUGGGCUUCGUCGGAGGCGUGUACACGUAUCGCGAGUACCGCAAUCGGAAACUCAACGCCCCGUUUUGGACCAUUGAGCUGAAGGAGGACAACAUCAGCUUCAGCAGCUACCACGACAGCAUCCCACACGCUGACCCCAGCGGACUAUUGGAGGAGGAGCCGUGCGUGGUCGCGGCCAAUGGGCAGUUAGCGCUCGCCACGGCCGCCAACAUGUACAAAGCGUGAAGUCUUUGAUUGUAUCUUUUCCUAAAAGGAUAGUUCAGCCAAAAAAAAAAGGCAUUUUCUCACUCUCAUGUCAUUCCAAACCUGACAGCGGGACAUAAAAGCAGAUAUUUUGAAGCACCGCAAGAGUAAAACAAUGAUGGGCCGAUUUUAAUAACGCAAUUUCAGUUUUGCGCUGGAAUGAAACCGAAGGAUUGCGAUUCAACCAAAAAUGAAAAUGCUGUCAUUAAUUACUCACUCUCAAGUUGUUCCCAACCUAUAAGACCUUUACUCACCUUCUGAUCAUUUUGAUGAAAUCUGAGAGCUUUCUGACCCUGCAUAGACAGCAGUGCGACUGACGCGGUAAGGCCCCUAAAGGUAGUAAAGACAUUGCUAAAAUAGUCCAUGUGACAUCAGUAGUUUAAUCUUAACUACGAGAAUGCUUUUUAUAUGCAAAGAAAACUAAAAUAAUCGCUCUUUGUUCAUUGUCUGUAAAUACUGGUUUGAAUAAGGCUGGGCAAAAAAAAAAAUGGUUCAUCCUCUCUGUCGAAAUCUCCAAACAUGUCUAAGAUUGAUUUAUGUCCAGCGUGCUUCUACAAGAGCUCCACGUAGCAGCUUGGUGGCAUGCAGUGAAGAAAUCGAUGAAUAAAGUGUUUAUUUUUGUUCUCUUUGCACGCAAAAAUUAUUCUUGUAGCUUCAGAAAUUCCAGGUUGAACUGCCGAUGUCACAUGGACUGUUUUAAUUAUGUCUUUACUACCUUUCUGGACCUAGAAUGUGGUAGUUGAUUGCCGUCUAUGCAGGACCAGAAAGCUCUCCGGUUUCACUGAGAUUGUCUUUUUGCGUUCUGAACAGGUUUGGGUCGACAUGAGGGUGAAUAUCUAAUGACAGAAUUUUCAUUCAUUUUUCACUGUAAAGAACCCAAUUUUCGUUUUCUGGUGAACUAUCCUGCUAAUUUGGUCGAUUAUUGAAAGAAUGCGAUCCUGGGAGCCAAAUAUUUGUUUGAUUCUACACACUAUUUAGCUCCCCAUUGCUUCCCGUGUGAUAUCCUCAUGCAAAGAGUUUUCACGUUCAACGUUGCAGAGAGGAUUUAAGGAAAUACAAGAAAAGCCAUUAACAUACUCCUUGGACAUAAAAAUGAUAAAACUGCAAAUGCAUUGCCUCUUAUACGAGCCUCUGUGUUAGUUUGGGUUUAAGGAUGCUAACCUAUAUUUAAUAGGUACACGAAAGUGGAUUCCACUAUUUUAGAGGCAACUAAGAGACCUUCGGACUCCAAUGCCAAGAUAAUUUCACAUAAAACUGCUGUUUGUAUAGAAAACUCACAAGGUUUCAGACUGCCCCAUUGCACCGCCUGGGAAAUUCACUUUGGCAUUGCAAUUUUUCAAUGGAAAUCCGGGGAAGAUUAAUCAGUUUGCAAGGCUUUUGUAAAGGAAACAAAGACUGCCAGUUUCAAGUCCCGCGUGUGUGUGUGUCUUUGACAGAUACUAUUUCAUACACUUCAGAUUUCUUUGGAAUGCGGUCUCGCUUUGAUUUCCUCUUUAUAUGAUUCCUGUCACGGACUGGUACCAAACUGAACAUGCAACAUAACAGUCAUACCUGUACCACUAGCACCCGUUUCAGCCUUAUUGUAUUUAUGCGCGUGUGGGUGGAUGUGUAUGUGUGUGCAUGGGCGAGCGAGAGAGAGAGCUAGAUGGUGGUGUGUGUGGGAACAGUUUCAGAUCUAACUGUGUAGAGCUGGAUUCUACGCAGGAAUGUACAAAAAGACUGGAUUGAUUCUGCUGCAUAGUUUCACGAAAACUGAUCAAACGUUCGACACAAUAUUGUAGACACGAAAGCCAUGAAAGCGUAAAAAUAACCCAGGAGGAGCGUGUUCAGAGGACUUUGUGAAGUGGAAAGACAUUUGUUUUCGGGAACCUAUAAGGUACAGCGGUGGACACAGUGUGUUUUUUUUUCCUCCAUUUAUCUGCAAGGACCCUUUUAAAUGUGAUUCAGGAUCAUUUUGAUGAUUUGGACAAACGACCGGUGUUUGAAUUAUUGUGCGUGUUUUUUGUUUUUUUUUUCUAUUCGGAUUUGUCUUGUUAAUUCCUAUUUAUUUAUCAUUUGUGUUUGUCUCUGUGGUCUUAUUUUAUUGAUGUUUUUCAAUCUUCAUGCUGCAUUGUACAGUGUACCAUACCGAACGCAAACUCUGUAGACCGAGUUGUGAGCACAACCUCAAAGAUGUGUUGGAAGUCUUCUUUUCUCCUCUUUAUUUUCUUUCUGAUUUAUUUAGUCAGGUUACAUGUUAAUAACUCACAGUAUACAACGGGAUGUCGGUGGAAAAUACUGUAUUUUCUCAUUCCUGAGUGAUCAAAUGACUGAAAUUAAAGGAUUAUUGAAUCAAA